AAUGCGGUUCAUUUGCCUUGUUGCGCUAAUCGGCCUUCCAGGAGCGGGGAAAUCGUCGCUGUGCACCUGGCUACUGGGCCAGCAGGCUGCCCUCCGCGUCUGCCACAUCGUUCACCUGUGCUACGACGACUUCCUCGACGUACGGCCCUCAGCGCAGCUGCUCUACAAGGAGCAACGUAAGCUCAUCUUUAAAGUUAUAGAACAACUAAUUACCGCCAUUCAAGAAGACAAUGAUUGGCCCCCGCAAGUCCGACGCACCACCUCCAGCGGCGACCGCAGCAGCAGGGGCCACCUCAUCCUGUGCGACGAUAACUUCUACUAUCGCAGCAUGCGCAACAAGCUCCACCAGCUGUGCCGCAAUGCUGGCUGCGUGUUUGGUCAGAUAUACAUCUCCAGCCCGCUGAAAUCCUGCCUGCAAGCAAACUCAACAAGGAGCACUUCUAGCCGCGUGCCGGAGGGCGUGGUGCGGCAGAUGAAUGAGCGGCUGGAGCCCCCUGGCUCGGAAGCCUGGGAGAGCAAUAGCAUCACACUGGAUGAUCUGGAUGCAGCAGGACCUGCGCUACUUGCUUUUAUUAGUUCCCUUCUCGACAUGCCCGCGAAGAAGGCAUCGUCGCCGCCAAACAGACAACCGCAAGAUCAGUCCCUGGCCCACAGCUUGGAUUUGUUGCUGCGGACGCGCAUCGGAGCGCUGCUACAAGGUCUGACGCAGGAGGAUAAGUGUUUAGCGGGCAGAACGCUUAACAACAAGCGGAAGGAGAUAUUGACACAAUUUCGGAGGGAGGGCGGCGGCAAGGCCUUGGAUUACUAUGUAAAUUUGUUAAACUAGGCUAAGAUAAGCUAAAUUCGUUUGUAUGCCACACUUUUGCAUAGCGACCUAAAUACAUUCAUAUAUGUUUGUUAA